UUCCUCCUUGUCUUUCUCCAUCUAUCUACCCAUCGCUCUCCCCUCCCCUGUCGCCCCACUUGUCCCUCCUUCUCGCUGUCUGAUUUCCCCUUCUUUCCCCUCUUUGGUGGUCCUCGCGAUACUCAUUCCCCGUCCCCGGACCCCGUAUCGGCGGACGGAGACUGCUAGACAGCUCGCAAAAUCGCCCGCAUCUUCCCGGACUCCGAAGACCCGCUGGCCCUCGCGGUGGCGUCCUCCCCCGAGUCACCAAUGGCCGAUGGCCCCCUCUCGACCGGGGGACUCCUGUCCCCGGCCUCCGGCGAUGUGACCACCUCGCCGAGCAGCCAGCCAUCUGAUACUGGCGCCUCGCCGGAUUUCGCCUCCAGCAGCAUGCCCGAUGGCCCGGAACUGCGCCGGCGCACCAACACCACCGGCCCCGGUGCCGCUGACUCGAGCCCGGCCAUCGAGUCGGCCAAGGCCUCGGCCAGCCCGGAUCCCCCGGCGGCCAUUGUCCCCUCCGAGGAGGCGAUGUCCCAAGCCCGGGCCGAGCUGCGUCGCCGGCGUCACCGCCAGCAAACUGCCCUCGAGUGGACUUGGCAGAUUUCCAUGUGUAUUGCCGUCUUCCUCCGAUACAGCAUCAUGUCACUCAGCUACCUGCUGAUCCUCUUCGUCCAUCUGUUUGCCCUGCCCCCACGGCGGCAGAAGGGUCUUGUCAUCUUCACCAUUGCUCUCAGCUCGGUCUUCGUCCUGCUGCACUUGAUCUUCCAGCUGAUCUACCUGCUGGCCCCGCUGACCCUCUGGCCGCCGGACUCGGCGGCCUAUGAGUGGCUGGUGUUCUUCGGUCUGUCGCGCAUCGGCUCCGCGUCGGAUGCCGUGCGCCUGCUGCUGCCCGACCCGCUGGUUCUCAUCAUCAGCGGCUUCUGCUGGUAUCGUCGGGUCUUCCGCCGGCGGACCCCCCCGCAGCGCAUGUCGCGCUUCCAAUUCCUCCUGCUGCCCGAGGACCAGGCCACCGAGCAUGCCCUUCGUGCAUCGCGCCGGAUCGCCGAGCUGGCCAUCGCCCAGCGCCUGGCCGCUCGCGACCCCUCCCUCCGGCCCCUGUCGCCGGCCAAGGCGGCCGACCUGCGCAAGCGCCAAUUCCUUCGGGGCCUGUCAUCGGCCUACCUGCUGGCCACCUUCUGCCUGCUGGGGACCCUGGCCAUGGCUUUGCCCUCCAUCGUGUCGCUGUUGUACUUUACCUGGGCCCUGGGGGCGGUGCUUUGCUGGACCCUGCUGGUGCCGGUGCGCUUCCGCCUGGCCAGCAUGGUGAAGAUGGUCCUGCUCUUGGUGCUCGGCUGUCAUACCAUCCUGUCCUACAUCUACCAGUUGACCCCGGUCCAUGAGAACUUCCCGACCCUGGUGGCGGAUCUCUUUGGCCUGGUGCAGCUCUUCAACGGCGGGUCGACCCCCUGGACGGCGUACCUGGCCCAGGUGGUCCUGAUCGUCUCGGUGCUGGCCAUGCGCCGGCAUCUGCGCAUCAAGUCCCUGUUGUUCUCGCGCUAUGGCAUCCGCGAAAGCAUCCCCUUCCGGCGCUUCGCCAUGGCCAAUGAUUUUGGCUCUCCCAAUGGCCGGGGGUCUGCCUCGGAUUCCGGCCCACCCCCGGGCGAGCUUGCUGCCACUGCUGCUGGUGUUGCCUCGCCGCGCCCCCGGUCGCAGUCCUUCCACCAGUCGUCCGUCCGGCUGGCCCCCGCAUCCGGUGAUGCCGCCCCCGGGCCCUUCCUCCCCCGGGCGUCCAUUAGCUCGCCCUCGGCCGCGUCGAUUUACGACCCGCGUGUGUCGGGCCCCGGGGCCGGCGUCGGCGCUUCCGCCGGUGUCUCGGCCGCCACCAGUGCCCCGGAUCUGGGCGCCACCUCCCUCGCCAUCAGCCCCAGCGGGUCCCUGGCAGCGGCGGACAUGCUCGGCUACAACCAGACCCAGUCCCUUGGGCAGAUGGUCCUCCGGCAUUUGGCCCUCCUGACGCCGCUGGUCCUGCUGGUGUGGGUGGUGUCCUUCCCGACAUACAUCAACUUGGGCUUCCUCCUGUGGGCUCUGGCGGCCAUGCUUUGCCGCUCGGCCCCGAGUCAACUGCUCUUUGUGCUGCGGUCGCGCCGGCUCCUGCUCCUGGCGGAGGUGGCCCACCUGCUGACCAUCUUCCUCUUCAACAUCCGCGGCUUGCCCCUCCCCUCGCUGCCGGAAUUCGGCCUGGACCUGUUUGAUGUGCCGAUCGCCGUGCUCGGCCCGCAGCUGCUCCUGCUGGCCCUUGCCUGUGUAUUGCUGUUCCCCUGGCGCCGGUAUGGCCUCCAGGCGCUGGUGCCGACCGGUGGGUCCACCUCGGCCAGCUGCCCCACCACCUCGGCGCACCUCUUGUCCCUGGACCAUUCGCCCUGCCUGGCUGGGUAUGACGGGCGCCUGGCCCUGAUGGACAUGCGCACGGAGCUGCUCCUUCAGCAUGGCCUGCCGUCGGUUGUCUCCUCUUUGGCCACCGACCGGGACCCCUCGGCCGGGGCCGGCAUUCCCGAUGACCUGGCCGAGUACAUCUCCCCGCCGGCCUCCCCGCCGCGCACUCGGAGCAACACCCUCGAUGGCCCCUCGGCUCCGGAUCAGCCGCUACUGGCCACCCUUUCCGACCCGUACAUGGAGUUUGACUUCAUGUCGGAGCUGUCCCUCACGACUCGGGCGUCAGGAGGCCCCUCUACCGCGCCUUCAUUGGCCCUGCCCUCGGCCGUCGCCGUGGCCACCCCCUUCACCCCGCCGCCUCAGCGCACCUUCCCCCCGGAGAAGCUUGGCGGCAUGCGCGGUGUCUUCCUCUUCAUGGGCGUUUGCUUCCGCCUCCUGCUGCGCAUGUUCAUCGAGAACCUGUACAUUCCCACCCUCUUCGUCAUUUACAUGUGCAGUCUGAUGAAGGUCAACGUCUUCAACUCCAUCUUCCUGGUCUUCUUCCUGGCCUUCCUGUCGCGCAAGGACCUGGCCGUUCGGUACUGGACCCUGCUGGUGCUGUAUACGGCCAUCGUGUCGAGUGCCCAAUAUCUGUGGCAGUUCAGCUGGAAGGACGCGUUUGUCCCGCUGGACCCGGUCACCGGCCAGCCCCCGGCCUGGGUGAUCAUCCUCGGGUUUGAGGAUUACCACGGAGAUCUGUGGGUUGGGCUCGGCCUGCACAUUGGCAUUCAGGCCAUUUGUUGGCUGCAGCAGACCACCUUCGGGUAUGUGAGCAACUCCCCGCAGCCGGACUGGCGGGCGUUCUUCCCGGCGACGCUGCCGCCGGCGGCCGACAAGCCGGCCGACGCCCCGCGGAAGUCCUGCUGGCAGUAUGCCUUCCUGGCCGAGGUGAACCUCCUGUGGCGCAUGGCCCAGUCGGUCACCCGUCGCCGCAUGCGCCUCGUGUGCUAUGUCCUCUUCCUGGUGAGCUCCCUCAGCUCGCGGCCCUCGGCCAGCCUGAUGGAUCUCGGCUACCUGAUUGUCUUCUACCUGUGCACCUCGUUGGCCUUCUUCGGGCUCAGCCGGCGCCCGGUGUUCAAGGUCCUCUGGCUGCUGCCCGUGGUGUUGGCCAUGUUCAAUCUCUUCCUUUGCUACCUGUACCAGUUCCCGAUCGUGCAGGAGUGGGCCCAGGAGGUCUUCGCGCCGGAGCUCCUGCUGGACAUCGGCCUGCAUGCCAAGCUCUCGGCCGAGCUGUUCCUCUACCUGCUUCACCAUCUGGCCAUCCUGCUGUUGACCAUGUCCCAGGUGGCCAUGUAUGUGUCCAGUGGCGGGCUCUUCCGCACGGGCGACCAGUCGACCGUCUUCAAGGAGGCCACGGCCGGCGCCGGGUCGGCCACGCCCGGAUCUGCCGGCACCUCGCCCGGGCUCGGGCCGCUGCCGGAUGUCGAUGCCUCUCUCGCGCACGCGGUGGCGGCCGGCACGCCCGGGCAAUUUGUCGGGUACGCCUCGGCCGGGCGGUAUGGAGUGAGCUCCUCGCGCGCUCGUGCGGCCACCAUUGCCACGAGCCUUGGCCAGGAGUCCGGCUCCGUGGGCGGCGGCGCCGGCGGCGCCGGCAGCCUGUCCCCUGGGGUGGAGUCUGCCCAUGGGUCCGGCGGUCCGGCGGCCGACGCUUCUUCCACGUCGGACUCCGGCGCCGGGGCGUCAGCCGGCUUCGGCAAGCAGUCCUCCUCCGGGGGCUCCCAUCGCUUCACGUACUACCUGCUGUCGUCGGUGCGCAUUCUGCAGCGCAUCUUCACGCAGGUGUCCCCGCGGUUGAUUGCCCUGAUGUUGUUCUUCUCCACCACGGCGCCCAACCUGUCGCAGCUGUCGGUGCUGGACUUCAUCACCCUGGCCCUGGCGUUGGUGUUCGCCGUCAGCCGGCGCUGGCAGCGCUUCUUCCGCUUCCCGGCCUUCAUCUACCUGUCGUUGUUGGUCCUGUCGCGCAUGCUCUUCCAGCUGCGCUCGGUUCAGGGCGACCUGCCGGCCGACAUGUCUCUCAUCGAGUAUGUGGGCUUCCGGACCCUGCCGCCUCCGGGGCAGGAUGGUCCGCUGGCGGAUGCGGCCCCGGCCCGGUUCAUGAUUUGCGAGAUCCUCGGCAUGCUGCUGAUUGUCUUUGCCCCGGUGGCCGACAAGUGGCGCAAGCGCUUCGCCUAUGCCGACUGGAAGGAUCGCCGCGCGGCCCGGGCCCUCUUUGUCUACACGCGCAUUCUGCACAUGCCCGGCAUGACCGGGCCCCGGGCGCGGCAGGUGUUCGCCUCCCUGCAUGCCACCCUCAACCGGUCGCGCUUCAAGUACAACCCCGACAUGGAGAUUGCCCUGCUGCCGGUUCCCCGGGCCGGGCUCUACUUCCCGGACUUCCGCGAACUGGCCGAUUUGGUGGACAGCGCGGUGACCGCCGACUCGGGGUCCAAGUCCGCCGGCAAGUCUGGCAUGAGCCUCGACUCUCCAUCGGCCGAUGCGACCGCCUCGGUGGCGAUGGCAGCGAUGACCGCCCUCCCGGCGGACCUGCUGCCGGCCCUGCACGAGGCGGAGCAUGACCCGGACUUGCUGGCCGACGAGUUGGACCAAUCUCUGUCAACCAUCGGCGCGGGAUCCCCCAAUGUCCCGGGGCUGGAUGUGGGCAUGGCCCCGAGCAGCAUGGCCACCGGCAAGCCGGCCCCCCGGGCCAGCCCCGAUGCCGAGGAUGCCCUUCCCUCGCGCACCUGGCCGCUGGUGGCCUCGCGGCUGUUGAGCUUCCUGGCCUGGCCCUUCGCGCACUUUGGCUUUGAGCUGACCCUGAUCCUGCAUCUGGUGGCGGCCCUCGUGCACCUGAACCUCAUCGGGCUCAUCUACCUGACCAUCCUCGGUGUGCAUCUGAUUGUGGGCAGCGGGUCGCUGCGACGCGGUGGCCGGGCCCGGCGCUGGGCCUGGACCCUGCUGCGCCUGGUGACCGUGAUCCUGAUCGCCUGGCAGUACUUUGUGGCCCUCGGCCCGGCGCCUGACUGGCCUGCCUUCCCGUGGGAGUCCCUGGAUGAGGGGCUGCGCUUUGCCCUGGGCCUGGCCCCGGAGAAGGUGGGCGUGCGGCUUCUGUCGGCGGACUUCCUCCUCCUCCUGUGCGCGGGGAUUGUGUCCGGCGUGUUGCGCCGGUAUGCCGAGCAGGACCGCUUCGAGCAGGACAUCCAGGAAGCCGCGGCCCGGGUGAGUACCUCGCCGCGUGUUGGGCCGCUGGAUGGCAAGAUGGCCGCCUCGGAGGACACCGCCCCGGUGUCGGUCAACUCGCCGUACACCGAUGCCGGGGACAUGUCCCCGGAGAUGGCUGUCGACCUGGCCGGGGAGGGUGACCCCUCGCAGCCGCUUCUGCUGACGGCCGACCAGGCGGCCGCCUUGGCGACCGCGGCUCGGGAGCACCAUGUCCCGGGCCCGGCACAGCCAACCGGCUGGAUUGGUCAGUCGCUGGCGGCUGUGGGCAUGCCGGAGUCCUGGCUGCGUGGUGCCGGGCUUGUGGCCCCGGCCGGGGCCAGCACCGACCCGGCCAACAUGGUCUACCUGGAGGACUUCUACGACUACGAUGACUAUCACGACUCGUCGGACCAGAAUAUGCUGCUCCUGUCGCUGGAUUUGCCCCUGGGUGCGGACAUGUCGCACCCGUGCUCGGUGGAGGACGACUUCACCGUCACCCCGCGGACCAUCUUCAAUGAGAUGCGCCUGCUGGCGUACCGGUACUUCUACCGGCUGGUCAUCAUCUUGACCUUCACGUGUGGCACGUCCGUGGUCAGCCUGCUGUCCUUCAUCUAUCUGGUUUUCUCCCUGUACUUCCUGUCCAUCGGGGAGAAUGUCAUCAAGAAUGAGGCCCUCCGGCGCCGGGCGUGGCGCUAUUACCGGCUGUAUAAUUACUUCUGGUUCUUCGUGCUGAUCGCCUGCCAGCUGCCGGCCUACAUCGUGGAGCUGCCGGCCAACAUCCAAAACAUCAUGUCCAUCAUCGGCUUCUCCAAGCUGACCCUCAACCCGAUGGAUGUGACCCCUCCCCCGGGGGAGGGCAGCCUGGCCGGGUUGCUGACCAGCACCCUGCUGGGUGGGCUGCUUCCGGCCAGCUCGGAGCAAGUGAGCCUGGCCUUCUCCAAUGCGCGCAUUCUCAACCUCUUUGUCUUCCUGGCCAUGCUCAUCCAGCAGAUGAUCUUCGAUUCCACGCGCUUCGAAUUCCUCCGCGCCUAUCUGGUCAAGGAGGAUCUGCAAGCCGUCGAGCAGCAGGUCCGGUACCAGGAGAAGCAGCGCGCCGACCGGGAGCGCCGGAACAAGGAGAUCAACGACAACUUCGCGCGCUCCGAGAAGAAGUACCAGUCCAUGUCGAAGAAGUUCUACGCUCGCUGGGCUGGUGUCACCUUCCGUGGCCGGCGUGACCUGCCGGAGCUGACCAUCGAGCAGACGGCCGCCAGUGGCGAUCCGUCGGUCUUCUUUGCCUCGGAGUCGCUUUUGGACUUGUCAGCCUCGACCACGAAUACCGGCACCGGCACCGGCACCGCCGCCGCCACCCCGGGCGCCGGGACCUCCAGCAGCAUGACCUUCCCCGGGUCCCCGGGGCUGGAGCAUGUGUCGCAGUCGCACGCUCGACACAUGGCCAGUGCGGCGUUGCUGGAUGGGCCGCCCUCGCCGAGUGUCAGUGCCGUGGGGCUGGACGCCGGCACCGGGGGGGAUCCCCUCCCCGCCGGGGCGGUUCAGGCCGAUGUGUCGCUGAUGUUCGAGUCGGAAACCGGUCGUGUGAUCCAUCCCCCCAGCAGCGAGGCCGGGGAGCCCGGCUCAUCCGCCCUGCCGGCUGGGGGGGCUGCCUCCUCGGCGAAUGACCUGUCCCAGGCCCUGGCCGAGGCUGGCCUGCCGCAUCCGACCGCGCAGCAGCCCUGGUACAACCGGGCCAUGGAUGCCCUGAUUUUCCUGCUGUAUGCCGGUUGCGCGGAUUACUGCGAGCUGGAGCAGCUGCCGACCGUGGCCAGCCUGCGGGUGGAGCUGCAGAAGACCCGAUCGGUGGCCACCCGGGUGUGGCUCAUCCUCCAGGGGGUGACCCUGUGCCUGGUGGCGCAUGUGCAUCUGCUGGUGUACUUCUUCAUCUUCCUCAACCAGGUGCUCAAUGCGUCCAUCCUGUCCACCAUCCCGGCGGUGGUGGUCCUGCUGUUUGGCGUCCAUGUGCCAGCUCUGUCGCCCAUUCGCCCGCAGCACAUUUGGCGCUUCAUCAUCUACUACACGGAGGCGGUCAUCCUGGCCAAGUACAUCGCCCAAUUCCCGAUGGGCUGGGACAUCAAUGUUGUGGACUGCGAGGCUGCGGCCCUGCCGGAUGACUUCCAGUACCCGUGGUUUGUUGUGCUGGGCCUGCAGAAGUACUGUUCGUCGCUCUUCUCGCCGCACAUCAUCAGCGAGCUGGCCAUCCUGGUGUUUUCCUUCUCCCAGCGCAGCGUCAUGCAGCGCGUCGGCCUGUGGGACACGCACACGGCCGCCUCGGCCAGCAGCCAUGAUGCCAUGGCCAUGGAGUUGCGCGCCGCGCGCGCCCUGGCCAAGGCCGACCCCGGCACCUUCGACGAUUCGGAGGGCGAAGAUUCGGAUGACGAGCAUGGCCCCGAUCGGCAGCAUGGGCAUCACUACCACCAUGGCGCGGGCAUGGGCUCCCCGGACCUGGAGAGCUCCUUCGGCCUGUAUCAUCCUCCGGUUCACGCCCCGGGCUCCGGUCCGGUGACUGGCGUGCUGCUGCCGGAGCUCCUGGCAGCUGAUGGUGCUGGUAUGUCGCUUUCGCGGGCGGUGCCGCCAGCCCCGGCGUCCGACGCGACCGGCCUCUCGGUUUCGCUGAACUCCCUGUCCACCGACUAUCAGGAGGUGGAUGUGGAUUUCAGCCCGGGCAUUGCCGAUGAUGACACGUCGGUGGUCGACGAUGCGCAGCCGUCGCCUCCUCCGGGAGUUGUGCCGGCCAGCCCGACGGACGGCGCUGCCCCGGAAGAUGUGCCAGCCCUGGCGUCUCGGCCCACGGUCUCCUUUGCGCCGGAUCUGGUCGCCACGGAGUUCCUUGACGUGUCGCUGGAGGAAACCUGCAAGCCGGAGAAGCCCGGCUUCCUGAGUGUUGUCACGGAUCCGAUCAUCUCCUUCAUUCAGAGGGCCUCUUCUCCCAAUGAGCUGGAUUCCCUUGGCCAUGACUACUAUCUGGCCAUGUUCUUCGCUGACAUCCUGGUCUUCCUGUUGACGAUCUUCUUCUUCGGCGAUUUCUCCACGUCGAUGGACUCGGACAUCGAGACGAUCCUCUCCCAGAAUACGGUCCCCACCUUCUUCCUGGUCAUCGCCAUCACCGAGUUCAUCCUGAUCAUCUUCGACCGCAUGAUUUACGCCGCCAAGGCCUCGCCCCUGAAGCUUCUGAUGCAGCUGUUCACCGUCAUCGCAUACCACUUGUGGAUCUUCUUCGUGCUGCCGGCUGCCAAGCAGUCCUACUUCCACAAGAUCGGCAUCCUGCCGGUGUGGUACCUGUUCAAGUGCUUCUACUGGUAUUCGAGUGCCUGCCAGCUGCGGGACGGCUACAAGCGCAUGGACAUCGGGCUGAUGUUCCUGACCCAGUACCAUGGCGUGGUGGCCCGCUACACCUACAUGGGCUACCGAAUGAUCCCCUUCGUCUUCGAGUUGCGCUGCCUGCUGGAUUGGUCGGUCAAGAAGACCACGCUGGACUUCUUCCAGUGGGUCAAGCUGGAGGACUUGUACUCCACCAACUACGACAUCAAGUGCUUCCGUGAGAUGCAGAAGCGUCGUAACCGCAAGGUCGGCGACCCGUAUCCCAACUACCUGCAGCUGCCCAUGGGAUGGGGCUUCAUCAUUGGGAUUGUCCUGCUGCUGUGGUUCCCGCUGAUCUUGAUUUCCCUGCCCGGCGCCACGGUCACCAACAACCCGAACCAGGUGUCCAUCUCGGUCCGUCUGAAUAACUUCGACGACUUCUACACCCAGGCCACCGGUGCCGAGGAUGACAUUUCCCUCUUCACCCCCGGGGAUUUGGAUGAUUUCUACAAGAAGUACCCGACCCUGGUGGGCAGUUCCACCCUGACGUACGCCAACUAUGCGUUGGUCCGGUUUGAGCCGGACUCGCGGACCACUUGGAUGAUCCCGCCUCCAAGCCGAGCGGCCAUGGCCGAGCAGCUGCUCCUGCGCCCGGACGAGAACUACCUGACUGUGACCAUCCAGAUGAACCGGCCCUCGGCCUAUGCUUCCAAGGCGUCUGGGUCCUUCGUGCGGACCCUGUCGGCGGAGGAGUCCCAAAACCUGGGCAUCCUCAUGACCACCACCACAUGCAUCCACAUUCAAUCGCUCAUGCCGUAUGUCAUUCGCGCGGUGCCGAACGGCGACAUCCGGUCCUACGCGGCCACUUCGCGCAGCGGCACGCAAACCGGCCAGCCGCCCGUCAUCGACAUCGACUUGCACCAUGCCGCCGGGCGGAUCAUCUACUCCGACACCGACUCCACCUAUGUCGAUUGGUUCUCCCUGCGUGGGCUGCUGGAGGAUGGGGAUCGCAAUCCCCAGUGUCUGAAGCCCACUCCGCCGGCGCCGCGCCUGGUCAACCUCAUGAUGGCGGCCGGCUUCGGCCCGGUGGCCGACCGGCCGAUGGACGUCAGCCCCACCGCCGGCAUCCAGUGCGCCGGCGGGAGCCCCUUCGUUUCGAGCGUCAGCAAUGAGACUGACAGCGGCGAGGCGGCGGCCGCCGCGGCCGCCUGCUGGCUGGCCCGGCCGGACCUCGGCAUCUUGUCCACCCCCUUCGGUGCCGGGGCCAAUCCCAUCGGCCCGGCCCUGGCCGCCGGCAUGGAGGCAUCUUCGGGGGCCGACAUUUCCAUCAAUGACUUCGAGGGCAUGGAGUUCGUGGUGGUCAGUGACAAUGUCGCUGCCAACCCCUCCAUCGGAAGCUAUGGCAUCAUCGGUCUUUACGUCCUUGUUGUCUACACCGUCGGCAACAUCCUGCGUGUGACGCUGACCGGCGCCGCGCAAAAGAUCAUGUUCGAGGACCUGCCCAAUGUCGACAAGAUCCUGGAGAUGAUUCACGCGCGGCACGAUAUGGUUCGCUUCCCCCGGCUGUCCGGCCGGCCGAAAGACCGGCCCGCAGGGCCGGCCCCCCCGGCUGGUGACCAGCCGGCCGCCAUCCUGCCGGAGGCCGACCUGGCCGGGCUGCAGCACACCUUAGCCACGGCCAUCACCCCUCCGCGGCUGCUUUGCAGCUCGGUGGUCCAGCGUGUUUUCGCCAAUGAAUUUCCCUUCCUGCACACCUCCUCGGCCGCCGCCAACUACACCGGUCCGGGGGCCGCAUCCAUCGGCGGCGGGCCGGCCAGCCUUGAUGGGGUCGGCGGUUCCGGGGCCGCCAGCCGGCGCGACCCCAGCCGGCGCCCCUGCCCCAUUACCACGCUGGACCCGACUCUGGCACACCGGCGUCUGACCUCCACCGUGAGCAUCACAUACAAUGCGCCCGGCUUCUCCGGACGCCAUGGCCGGCCGAUUGGGCGCCUGGCUUCCUUUUCGGCGGCUGAUCUGUCCGUCGGCCGGUCACACCUGUUCGGUGCCUGCCGUGACUCGACCAUCCGCGUGUGGGACGUGCCUUCGGCCCCGUCGCCCGGCGAUCUGCCCACCACCCCGUCGCAGUCAUCUUUUGUCCUGAGCGGCCACUCUGACUGGGUGAACGACAUAGCCCACUUCAACCACGGCCAAAACAUGCUCUCGGUGUCAUCCGACUCCACCAUCGGCAUCUGGGAUGUCCGUCGGGUGUACUCGGAGCUCAGUGAUGCCCCCAGGGCCGGGAGCUACAUUGGGUCCCCUGCCCCGGGCACUCCGAAGGCCCUGCGGCCGCUGAGCCUGCUCCAGCACCACCGAGACUUCGCCAUGCGCGUGGUUGUGCCCCGCCAGCAGUCCGGCCUGGCAUAUACCGCGUCCUUGGACAAGUCCAUUUCCAUGUGGGACCUGGAGACCCUGGUCGCGGUGGCCACCUCCCCGCCGUCCAGCCUCUCGGUUUCCUGUGACCCGACCCGCGUGUUCCACGAGUCGGGACUGUGUCUUCCUUGCCCACUGGCCACCAGUGCCACGGGCGACAUUUUGGCCACCUCUUCCGGCCUGUACGCCUCGGUGUUCAGCUAUUCUCAGAGCUCUCAGCCGGUCAUCCACCUUGGUGACCCAUCGGACCAGAUCCGCUGCCUGGCGCUAGAUGCCAGCGGCCUUUGGAUGCUCACCGGCUCCUCCGAGGGCGCCGUUCGGUUGUGGGACCUGCGCAAUGUCACCCAGCCCCUGGCUACCUCGCAUUUCCAUCGGUCUUCGAUCACGGCCCUGUCGCCGAUCUUGAGCUCCCCCGCCGGGUUUGGCCUUGUGGCAUCGGCCGACCGCGCCGGGCGCAUUCUCAUCCAGGACUUUGCCCCAUGCCACCCGCCGGCGGCCAGUGCCUCGGCCUUCCAGUUUGACAUUUUCCCCUCCGAGAGCACCCUUUUGGCCACCUUCCCCACCCAGGCGGCCCCGGUGCUGGAUCUACACUUUGUCGAGCAAACGCCCCCUGGGCCGCCGGGCCAGCUGCCGCCCGACCAGCAGUCCUGGCGCCUCUGGGCGUCGGACACGAUCGGCAAUGUGACCAUGUUUGAUUCUCCGGCCCCGGCUGCCGGAGGCCGGGAGGCCUUCCCCACCGGCUCGGCCGGCCCUCACGGCGAGACAGUUCUUCCAACUGCCUCGAUCUCAGCCCCCCUGCCGGGGGUCCGCCUGCCGGGGGAUCUCCCGCCCUGCGUGCCGCCGAGCUAUUGCCUGGUGCCGGAUCCAGCCGGGACGAUCAUCCGCGCGGCCCCCCUGACGACGCACCUGACCCCGGCGGUGCUGGUGGAAACUGGCGACCACAACUUUUCUCUGUUGUGUCUCUUCAGCGGCCAGAUGCUGCCGGUGGAUGUGUCGACCUCGGAUGCGCGGCUCCCCCCGAUGUCGCAGUUCACUCGGCAGGAGUUUGCCUCCUUUGAUCCGGCAGUGCGCCGGGAGCUGGCCUUCGAGCAUCGGUUCGACUGCAUCCUCAGCAGCAAAAACCAGCAUGGCCCGCCGCCCCCCCCCUCGUAUCCGGUGCUUUCGUGUCUUGGUAGCCUUGUCGUUCACUUGAACCCGAGCCAGGUGUUCAAUGGCAAGCGCUCGACAGCGGAGCUCCUCCGACCGGACACGGUGUUCCCCUUGCGGCCGACCGGACCCGGGGAGGGGGCUCUGACGCGGCCGGUCCACCUGACGCACCACCAGCUGCUCCACCCGCAUCCCAGCCCGGAAACGGCCCCCUGGAUGUUGAUGUACACCGGGGCCGGCGGCGGCCGGACGCGCGGCAGCUCGCGUGCCCCCCCUCCCCCGGUGGUUGCCGGGUCCGGGCCUGCCGGCGCUCGGCCCGAGGACCCGGCGGCCGUGACCAACUUCGGCCGGACCCUGCUCUUCCUGGCCCUGCGGUCUUGGUGGUUGCGGCACCAGCUGACCCAGGACCCCAGUGAGUCGCUGUCGUCCAGCCCGGACCCGGCGGCGGCGGCGGCGGCGGCGGCGGCGGUGACGGCCGUGACGGCGACCGGGUCCCAGCCCGUGACCGAGGCCCUGCCCACCCCGGCUGUCGCCACCCCCAACAGCCCGAGCUUCAGCAAGCGUGCGGCCUUGGUUUCGUUUGGCCGGAAGUUCCACCUAGAUACCCUGCUCCGGGACUCGUCUUCCACCGAGUCGCUGGCGGGCUCGGCCUCCGGCCGGGGGGCCGGGGAUGGCCCCGGGCCGGGGAUGGCGGCCCCGCAGCAGGUGGCCUCCUCACUGGACCUGGUCGAGGCCCUGGAGCCUGAGGCCGGCGCCGACCGGCAUCCGGCGCACCUGCACUCGCCCAGUGCCAAUCCGGUGUCGUGGAGCACCGGCGGCCUGGGCGAGUCGGGUGCCGCGGCAGGGCCCCCGGGCCCCGGGGCGCGGCUCCUGCCGCACCCUCCCCCGGGGGAGGAGGUGGACCUGGCGGAUGGCCCGGCCGCCGGGCUGGCCGUCGGGGCUGGCCCGUCGGACUCCGUCAGCGGGGAUCUCUUCCUACUUCCCGGGGCCUCGUCCGGGGCCUCGUCCGCCGGCAGCCAGUCGCCGCAUUCGCCGCAAGAUGUGGCCCUGGCGUCGGUCACCUCCUCGCCGCUGGCGGCCCUGCAUGCCCUUGAUGAGAGCUGGCUUCUGCGCCACUCGCCCUCGGGGCUGGCGCAGGAGUUCGCCCACUUCCCGCAUCUGCUGCCGGCCAGCACCCUGGUGUCGGUGAAUGUGACGGUGGGCCCGCCGCGGGCCGGGACCCGGUCUGGGGCCCCGACCGCCGGGGCCCCGCUCACCUGGGGCACUCCCCUGUGCAUCUUCAGCGCCGGCGUCCGGUCGUGUGGCUUCGGCUCGGUGGCCCGGAGCCCGGAGGCCGACGGCCGGCUGGUCUUCCCGGACUUUGACAUCCAGCUCUCGCAGAGCCUCUCCACGCUGACUCUGGACACCUUCCGCGCGGCCCAGGCCCCGGGCGGGCUCGGCACCACCCCGAUGUCGUCCUCCUUCGGGGUCGGGACCUUUGGCAGCUACCCCAGUGGUGUUGUGGGUAUUGGCGCCAGCGGCGGUGGCAUGAUGCUGGGGACCGGGACUUCGCCCUUUGCCCGGGCGGACACCUUCCAGCCGGCCCCGCCGCCAUACCGCGGCUCGUUGGCGGUCCCGGCCGCCGGCGGCCUGUCGGCGCACCAUCCGGCCAUCGGCGGGCCGGGCGCCACCACCCUGCCCGGCUCCGGCCCGGGAGCCGGAUGUGGCGCCGGUGGCGGGGUGUCCGAUCCGCCGGCCGGGGCGGCGCGAUUCAUCCCUGCGCCGCUGGCUCCCCUGGCCGAGCCGGCCCCCUGUGGCGCUGGGGUGACUGCCUCUGCGGCGGCCGUGGCCCCGGCUUCGCGGCCGGUCCCCGGUUCGCCGGUGGCCAGCUUCAGCGUGGUCUCGGCCCCGGGCCAGCCGGCGGCCCCAGCCUCGGCCGGGCUCACCUUCAAUGUCCAGCACCCCACCACCAUGUCCUUGUCUCCGGGGCUCGAUGCAUCGGCGGCGGCGGCGGCGGCGGCGGCGGCUCCCGCGGACCGAGGGCCGGGCUCCCAGUCGGCGUCGCCCUCGUCGCCGCUCGCGGCCGAGCCCGUGGCGGCCCCAGUCACAGCCGGGCCCCCUGGCUCUGACUCUGUGCCUGCCUCGGCCCCGGCCACUUCGCCCUUCUCGCCGCUCAGCAUGCUCAGCCCGUCCUCGCUGGCGGGGAUGUCCUCGGCGGAGAUCUUUGCCGCCGGGGCCACUCGUCCUGUCGGGGGGGGGGCCGCGCCGGCCGGUCGCUCUGCGGCCCCUGGCUCCUCGGCUUCGGCUGGGGGCCCUGUGGCCGAUGGCAAUGGCGGCAGUGCCUCCUCCUCCUCCAGCAGCAGCAGCAGCAGCAGCAGCAGCAGCAGCAGCAGCAGCAGUGGCUACCCGGAGGCCGGUAGCGCCUACCACUCGGCCCCGCCAUCGAUCGAGGAUCGGCCGGCCGCUGUCGCCAUGCCGGUCCCCACCCCCAACGGCGGGAGGACUGGCUUCGGAGCCGGCAUCAGCGGCAGCAUGGGCGCGGCGCUCUUCGGCUCGACGCCCUCCGCCGCCGCCGCCAAGCACCAGCCCCCCCCCACGCCCGGCCAUCCGCCGCGGCUCCCCUCCACGGAGAUCGUGUGCAUCCUGGACGGCGCGGCUCCUGUAGCAGGGUUCUCACGGAUCCAGUCUUACGUCAAAGGAGUGAAGCUUUGA